UGUGUGAGCAACCGGGGACCCGGGAAAGGGAAAGCGAAAGCCGCGGCAGCGGCAGGUGACGGCGAAGGCGCGGUACCCGGGCCUGCCUUCCAGGGCCUGUCGGCCUGACCCCGGCGCGCCGCAGCCAUGGCUAUCGCCCACCUGGCCACCGAGUACGUGUUCUCGGACUUCUUGCUGAAGGAGCCCUCAGAGCCCAAGUUCAAGGGGCUGCGGCUGGAGCUGGCCGUGGAUAAGAUGGUCACGUGCAUCGCUGUGGGUCUGCCCUUGCUGCUCAUCUCGCUGGCCUUCGCGCAGGAAAUCUCGAUCGGUACCCAGAUAAGCUGUUUCUCCCCAAGCUCCUUCUCCUGGAGGCAGGCUGCCUUUGUGGAUUCCUACUGCUGGGCUGCUGUUCAGCAGGGCUCCCUGCAAGGUGAUUCCGGACGCCUUCCGCUGUGGCUGCAUAAGUUUUUCCCCUACAUCCUGCUGCUGGUGGCUAUCCUCCUGUACCUGCCCUCCCUGUUCUGGCGUUUUGCAGCUGCCCCUCAUCUUUGCUCAGAUUUGAAGUUCAUCAUGGAAGAACUUGACAAAGUUUACAACCGCGCAAUUCAAGCCGCAAAGAGCGUGUGUGAUCAGGACGUGAGGGAUGGUACCAGCCCAGUUCCAGGCCCUCAGGAGAACAUGGGGCAAAGCCUGUGGGAGAUCUCUGAGCGCCACUUCAAGUACCCGAUUGUGGAGCAGUACCUGAAGACAAAGAGGAACUGUAGGAACUUGACCAUCAAGUACGUCAGCUGCCGGUUGCUGACACUCGCCAUUGUCCUGUCAGCGAGCGUCUACCUGGGCUAUUACAUCAGCCUCUCAUCGCUGUCCGACGAGUUUGUCUGCAGCAUCAAGUCUGGGAUCCUGAGGAACGACAGCACCAUCCCCGAUCGCUUUCAGUGCAAGCUCAUCGCCGUCGGCGUCUUCCAGCUGCUCAGCCUCAUCAACCUCGUGGUUUACGUGCUACUGGCCCCCGUGGUCAUCUACACGCUCUUCGUUCCGUGCCGGCAGAAGACAGAUGUUCUUAGGGUGUAUGAGAUUCUGCCCACCUUCGAUGUCCUGCAUUUCAAGUCGGAGGCAUACAACGACCUGAGUCUCUACAACCUCUUCUUGGAGGAGAAUGUAAGCGAGCUCAAGUCCUACAGGUGUCUGAAGGUGCUGGAGAAUAUUAAAAGCAGUGGCCAGGGCAUCGACCCGAUGGUCCUCCUGACCAACCUUGGCACAAUCAAGAUGGAUGUCAUGGAUGGCAAGAAACUGGAGCCCAUGGAGAUGACGACAGAGGAGCCGGGGGACCCGAUGACGGAGCUCAAAGAUUCGAGCGCACCCAGUGAUAUUAAAGUAAAUAACGGAGAGACGAAUGCUCGACAGAGACUUCUUGAUUCUUCUUGCUGAUUUUUUUUUUCCCCUUCACCUUGAGGUCCAUGGCCCUCUGUGACACGGGAUUUGUAUCGGCUGUCAGGUUCCCCGCUGGUGCUCCUGAGUGUGCCUUACUGAGUCCCUAAGGAAAAUGACGGCCCCCAGAACGCUGUAGGAGCAUGGUUCAUGAACUUCCAAUGAGCAGCACCAUGGGGGUGAGCCAGCCCCAGCAAGUGUACAUGUGAGUCCAUCACCU